AUGCCGCCGGUGCGCAAGACAAGCACGAAGAAGGCUAGCACCAAGGGCGAUGGUGCGGCUGCAAAGAGCAAGCCUGCUGCACCCCCUGCGGAGCUGAUUGCAGGCAAGGUCGACGCGACGCAGGCGCUCAAGGCGUUCAAGGCGCUUACGGCCUACACCCAGGGCCGCACCUCGGCUGCCGGCAACGAGCUUCCGCUGGACGGCCCGGGCUCGCUGGGCGCUGGCAAGGACACGGACAACACAGUCUGGCUGCAGAUCACGAUCAAGGAGCUGAACCCGGUGCGCAAGGUGAAGCCGGCGCGCAUUCCUCUGGCGCACCCCCUGCUGGACGAGGAGGCGUCGGUGUGCCUGCUCACCAAGGACCCCCAGCGCGAGUACAAGGACCUGCUUAUGGAGAAGAACAUCCGCUCCGUGAACCGUGUCGUGGGCGUCGAGAAGCUCAAGGGCAAGUUUAAGCCGUUUGAUGCGCGCCGCGAGCUCGUGCGCGACCACGACCUGUUUUUGGCGGACGAGCGUAUCGUGCCGAUGCUCCCGAAGCUGUGUGGCAGUGUAUUCUACAAAGACCGCAAGUUCCCUGUGCCGGUCGAUAUUGUGAACAAGAAGCGUCUUCCGGAGGCAAUCGCACAGGCCAUUGCCUCGACCUAUUUCCUGCAAAAUAAGGGCUCGUGCUCCUCGAUCAAGAUUGGGUUCGUGAACCGCCACAGCCCCGAGGCGUUGGUCGAGAACCUGACGCUGGCCCUGCCGGCGAUCGUCAGCAAGCUCCAGGGCAAGUGGGGCAACGUGCAAAAUAUCGAGGUCAAGACGGGCCGCAGCGCUGCGCUUCCCAUCUGGAACUGCAAGCUGAGCGGCGACGGCGACGACGUGCGGUGGACCCCGAAAGAGGAGAUCGAGGAGGACGAUGAAGACGAUGAGGACGAGGACGAGGACGAGGAGCCCGUGCCUCCCCCAAAGAAGCGCAAGGCGCCUGCUGCGUCCGUCUCCAAGACAAAGAAAGUAGCAAAGUAA